AUGAACGAAGACAUUGUUGUGUCAAAGUCCUCGUACGAUGACUUUGCGAGUCCAACACCGUCGCGCAGUUUCGAAAUCAUUGUAGAGGAUCGUUCUUUCUUUGUAAAUGCUGGUUGGUUGGCAGAGCUGUCGCCGUUUUUCGCAGACUACUGCUUCGGCGAGACGGCCCACCGUUCACUGAUCAUCGAUGAUAUCAAACCGUCUGAUAUGCUGGAGUUCUUUCGCUGCAUAUUCUUCUGUCCCAUGCGAAAACCAAUCUCAGUCAUGAAUGUGUCUCUGAUUUUGCGUGUUGCUUCUCGAUUCGACAUGAAACCAGUGGUGGCACGAUGCGAACAAUUUGUUGCCCGUUCGGCCAAUACACUGGAUCGUGAUCAUCUGUUUCAGGUAUUUCAUCUCCGACAAAUAAUGGUGACUUGUGCUGUUUCACAUUGUGACCCGAAUAGUUCCACAAUGAGUGUACUGGUAGAUAAACUUGCUUCAAUCAAGGACUUGUCGCAAAUGCAGUUCUCACAAAUGCCUGGUGAUGUGGUAGCCGAGGUUUAUACACAAAAGUUCCGUGAAAGAGAACGUAAACGCCAGAUGUGGUGUUGUUUCAUGCAAGUUAUUUCCGAGAAGUCUAACGCACGACGUCAUCGGCCUAGCCGAGACCAGACGACAACAACUAUUCCUCGGAACACGCGACAGUAG